AUGUACGAAAUUCUGCGGUCACUCGAGCACAGAGACGGUGUUUGGGGAGAGGGAACGCACAGAGACGGUGUUGGGGAGGGGGAACGCACAGAGACGGUGUUGGCGGAGGGGGAACGCACGGAGACGGUGUUUGGGGAGGUGGAACGCACAGAGACGGUGUUGGGGGAGGGGGAACGCACAGAGAAGGUGUUGGGGGGGCGCACAGAGACGGUGUUGGGGGAGGGGGAACGCACAGAGACGGUGUUGGGGGAGGGGGAACGCACGGAGACGGUGUUUGGGGAGGUGGAACGCACAGAGACGGUGUUGGGGGAGGGGGAACGCACAGAGAAGGUGUUGGGGGGGCGCACAGAGACGGUGUUGGGGGAGGGGGAACGCACAGAGACGGUGUUGGGGGGGCGCACAGAGACGGUGUUGGGGGAGGGGGAACGCACAGAGACGGUGUUGGGGGAGGGGGAACGCACGGAGACGGUGUUUGGGGAGGUGGAACGCACAGAGACGGUGUUGGGGGAGGGGGAACGCACAGAGAAGGUGUUGGGGGGGCGCACAGAGACGGUGUUGGGGGAGGGGGAACGCACAGAGACGGUGUUGGGGGAGGUGGAACGCACAGAGACGGUGUUGGGGGAGGGGGAACGCACAGAGAAGGUGUUGGGGGGGCGCACAGAGACGGUGUUGGGGGAGGGGGAACGCACAGAGACGGUGUUGGGGGAGGUGGAACGCACAGAGACGGUGUUGGGGGAGGGGGAACGCACAGAGAAGGUGUUGGGGGGGCGCACAGAGACGGUGUUGGGGGAGGGGGAACGCACAGAGACGGUGUUGGGGGGGCGCACAGAGACGGUGUUGGGGGAGGGGGAACGCACAGAGAAGGUGUUGGGGGGGCGCACAGAGACGGUGUUGGGGGAGGGGGAACGCACAGAGACGGUGUUGGGGGAGGUGGAACGCACAGAGACGGUGUUGGGGGAGGGGGAACGCACAGAGAAGGUGUUGGGGGGGCGCACAGAGACGGUGUUGGGGGAGGGGGAACGCACAGAGACGGUGUUGGGGGAGGUGGAACGCACAGAGACGGUGUUGGGGGAGGGGGAACGCACAGAGAAGGUGUUGGGGGGGCGCACAGAGACGGUGUUGGGGGAGGUGGAACGCACAGAGAAGGUGUUGGGGGGGCGCACAGAGACGGUGUUGGGGGAGGGGGAACGCACGGAGACGGUGUUUGGGGAGGUGGAACGCACAGAGACGGUGUUGGGGGAGGGGGAACGCACAGAGAAGGUGUUGGGGGGGCGCACAGAGACGGUGUUGGGGGAGGGGGAACGCACAGAGAAGGUGUUGGGGGGGCGCACAGAGACGGUGUUGGGGGAGGGGGAACGCACAGAGAAGGUGUUGGGGGGGCGCACAGAGACGGUGUUGGGGGGGCGCACAGAGACGGUGUUGGGGGAGGUGGAACGCACAGAGACGGUGUUGGGGGAGGGGGAACGCACAGAGACGGUGUUGGGGGAGGUGGAACGCACAGAGAAGGUGUUGGGGGGGCGCACAGAGACGGUGUUGGGGGAGGUGGAACGCACAGAGAAGGUGUUGGGGGGGCGCACAGAGACGGUGUUGGGGGGGCGCACAGAGACGGUGUUGGGGGAGGUGGAACGCACAGAGACGGUGUUGGGGGAGGGGGAACGCACAGAGAAGGUGUUGGGGGGGCGCACAGAGACGGUGUUGGGGGAGGGGGAACGCACAGAGAAGGUGUUGGGGGGGCGCACAGAGACGGUGUUGGGGGAGGGGGAACGCACGGAGACGGUGUUUGGGGAGGUGGAACGCACAGAGACGGUGUUGGGGGAGGGGGAACGCACAGAGAAGGUGUUGGGGGGGCGCACAGAGACGGUGUUGGGGGAGGGGGAACGCACAGAGAAGGUGUUGGGGGGGCGCACAGAGACGGUGUUGGGGGAGGGGGAACGCACAGAGAAGGUGUUGGGGGGGCGCACAGAGACGGUGUUGGGGGGGCGCACAGAGACGGUGUUGGGGGAGGUGGAACGCACAGAGACGGUGUUGGGGGAGGGGGAACGCACAGAGAAGGUGUUGGGGGGGCGCACAGAGAAGGUGUUGGGGGAGGGGGAACGCACAGAGAAGGUGUUGGGGGGGCGCACAGAGACGGUGUUGGGGGAGGGGGAACGCACAGAGAAGGUGUUGGGGGGGCGCACAGAGACGGUGUUGGGGGAGGGGGAACGCACAGAGAAGGUGUUGGGGGGGCGCACAGAGACGGUGUUGGGGGAGGGGGAACGCACGGAGACGGUGUUUGGGGAGGUGGAACGCACAGAGACGGUGUUGGGGGAGGGGGAACGCACAGAGAAGGUGUUGGGGGGGCGCACAGAGACGGUGUUGGGGGAGGGGGAACGCACAGAGAAGGUGUUGGGGGGGCGCACAGAGACGGUGUUGGGGGAGGGGGAACGCACAGAGAAGGUGUUGGGGGGGCGCACAGAGACGGUGUUGGGGGGGCGCACAGAGACGGUGUUGGGGGAGGUGGAACGCACAGAGACGGUGUUGGGGGAGGGGGAACGCACAGAGACGGUGUUGGGGGAGGGGGAACGCACAGAGAAGGUGUUGGGGGGGCGCACAGAGACGGUGUUGGGGGAGGGGGAACGCACGGAGACGGUGUUUGGGGAGGUGGAACGCACAGAGACGGUGUUGGGGGAGGGGGAACGCACAGAGAAGGUGUUGGGGGGGCGCACAGAGACGGUGUUGGGGGGGCGCACAGAGACGGUGUUGGGGGAGGUGGAACGCACAGAGACGGUGUUGGGGGAGGGGGAACGCACAGAGACGGUGUUGGGGGAGGGGGAACGCACAGAGAAGGUGUUGGGGGGGCGCACAGAGACGGUGUUGGGGGAGGGGGAACGCACGGAGACGGUGUUUGGGGAGGUGGAACGCACAGAGACGGUGUUGGGGGAGGGGGAACGCACAGAGAAGGUGUUGGGGGGGCGCACAGAGACGGUGUUGGGGGAGGGGGAACGCACAGAGAAGGUGUUGGGGGGGCGCACAGAGACGGUGUUGGGGGAGGGGGAACGCACAGAGAAGGUGUUGGGGGGGCGCACAGAGAAGGUGUUGGGGGAGGGGGAACGCACAGAGACGGUGUUGGGGGGGCGCACAGAGACGGUGUUGGGGGAGGGGGAACGCACAGAGACGGUGUUGGGGGGGCGCACAGAGAAGGUGUUGGGGGAGGGGGAACGCACAGAGACGGUGUUGGGGGGGCGCACAGAGACGGUGUUGGGGGGGCGCACAGAGAAGGUGUUGGGGGGGCGCACAGAGACGGUGUUGGGGGGGCGCACAGAGACGGUGUUGGGGGAGGGGGAACGCACAGAGACGGUGUUGGGGGAGGGGGAACGCACAGAGACGGUGUUGGGGGGGCGCACAGAGAAGGUGUUGGGGGGGCGCACAGAGAAGGUGUUGGGGGGGCGCACAGAGACGGUGUUGGGGGGGCGCACAGAGACGGUGUUGGGGGAGGGGGAACGCACAGAGACGGUGUUGGGGGAGGGGGAACGCACAGAGACGGUGUUUGGGGGGGGGGCGCACAGACGGCGCGCACAGACGGUGUUGGGGGAGGGGGAACGCACAGAGACGGUGUUGGGACACACAUGA